AUUUGAGUUGUCCUGUUUAAUAUGUUGAUAUCCAAUAACAUUUAAAUAAAUGUAUCUGAUUGCAUAAUUAUUUUUUUUUUACAGAGAAUAACCUUCAUUAGUAAAAAAAGUAAGAAAAGAAAAUGAAUCUGCAGUUUGUUACAUUGGCUUUGGCUUUUGCUACCACAACAGCAUUUCCACUCAACGAUGAGGUCAGUCAAGAAGCAUUUAGUUUAAAGAGAGAAAAUCAGGCCACUGAAAAAAAAAAUGUUGGCAAAGACUCAAAUGGUAUGUGGAAGAACCAUGUAGUAAGCAGUGACCUUUACACCCAGGACUCUUACAACCCCAUGGCAGCUGAACUGAGACACAAGCUGAGCAUGGAGUCUGAGCGGCUGAGGGCUCGUCUAAAGCAGGAGCUUGCUGAGUUGAGGGAGAGACUCUCUCCUUACCCCAGCCACCCAAAACACACCAUGGCCAGUGUCAAGGAGUUCCUGGCUCCCUUCACUAAGCAGCUCCAGACCGCCCUCCAGUCGAAUACUCAGGAACUCUGUGAGAAACUCAAUCUGAACCUCCAGGAACUGAACCCAGAGGAAGUCACACUCUACCAGGAGGCAGUGCAGAGGAUCACACAAGCUCUGGAUGAAAGCCACCAGAAAAGGACGGCGGCCUUUGAGGACUUUAAGACAAAAGCGUUUGAGGCGGUAGAGGAGGAAAGAGACAGCAGUGGAAAGGAACUUUGGGAGGAAGUCACUGCCAGACUGGGACAGGAAUUGUGUACCUUCAGUUUAGAGGUACAAGGGAAGGUGGCAGCACUGAAGAUAGCCUUGGCGGGCCAUCUUGCCUCACCACAGCCUCCAAGGGAUGUGAUGGCAUCAAAAGUGGAUCAGUUCUGCCAGAAUUCCUCAGCUCGGAAUCAACAGUUUAUUUCUAACUUAGACCUACAGAUGAUAGCUCUCCAAGAAAACCAGAGUCAUGGUGAGUCAUCUGGUUUCCAUCAGACAAACCUAGACUCCAUACAGGAGGAUUUCUCCACUAGACUCACAGCCCUGUUACAAGACAUCGUACACACUCUCAACUAAACACACCUCCAGUCCUAUCAGAAAUACAACUGUAAUUGUAAAUAACUGCUCUUAUGUUUGGAUUGUACAUUGUAACUUUUGUAGAACAAUAUUGUUGUUUGUACAGAUUUAAAAAAUAACUUUAUAUUAUGUACUGCGCAUUCUAUUGAAGUGAAAGACAGAAUAUAAUGCCUUUAUUCCUUUUAUUAAAGAUAUGUUGUGUAAUGUGUGGAUAUACUGUUUCAUAAACAGACAUGUAAAUAAAACAAAUUGUACAAAUUUGAAAU